AUGAUCCCAGGGGUCCCCAAUCCAGGCUCCGCCGGCCGGAGCUCGGACGGAAGGCACAGCGGGAUCCCGAGGCGUGGGAACCGGGGCCGGGCGUCCCUCCCACCUGGCUGGGCGGAGCCGGCCGGCCGGGACCCUGCGCUGGCCGCGGCCCGGGUCGGGCCCGACCCCGAGGAGGGCGAGGAGGACGAGGACGAGGGCGACGGCGGCGAGGAUGCUACGGAGGCUCUGGCAUCCCCCUGGGGUCGGGCGAACUCCGUCCAGGCUUGGCAGGACUUCCAGAAGCGACUCGGGGAAGAGGCCAAGUUCAUCCCCAGAAAAGAGCAAGUUAGUACCUUGUAUCUAAACAUCAACCUCGUGGAGCCAAGACUAAUCCAGCCGUAUGAACACGUUAUAAGGAACUUCAUCCGCGAGAUCAAACUGCAGAGCACAGAAAUGGAAAGCCUGGCCAUUGCGGUGAAGAGAGCCCAAGACAAGGCAGCCAUGCAGUUGAGUGAGCUGGAGGAGGAGAUGGACCAGAGGAUUCAGGCGGCAGAGCACAAGACGCGGAAGGACGAAAAACGUAAAGCUGAGGAAGCCCUCAGUGACCUCAGACGUCAGUAUGAAACAGAAGUAGGGGAUCUACAGGUGACAAUAAAGAAACUCAGAAAGCUAGAAGAACAGUCAAAACACAUAAGUCAAAAAGAAGAUGUGGCUGCAUUAAAAAAGCAAAUUUAUGAUUUAUCUAUGGAAAAUCAGAAAGUUAAGAAAGAUCUUUUAGAAGCACAGACAAACAUAGCCUUUCUUCAGAGUGAAUUAGAUACGUUGAAAAGUGAUUAUGCCGAUCAGAGUCUGAAUUCAGAAAGGGAUCUGCAAAUAAUCCAAGAGUACACAGAAGAUCGAAAUAGUCUUGAGAGGCAAAUUGAAAUACUCCAAACAGCUAACCGGAAACUGCAUGACAGUAACGAUGGCCUGAGGAGUGCCCUUGAAAACAGUUACAGCAAGCUCAACAGAUCUUUGCGCAUAAAUAAUAUAUCACCAGGGAAUACACUUUCUAGAAGCAGUCCCAAAUUCAAUGGUCAUUCCCCUCAACCUCUGAGCUAUGACAGGUCAUCCCGCUCUUCCUAUGUGGAUGAGGACUGUGACUCGUUGGCCCUCUGUGAUCCAAUGCAGAGAAUUAAUUGUGAGGUCGACAGCCUGCCCGAGAGCUGCUUCGACAGCGGCUUGUCUACCCUGAGAGACCUCAAUGAGUACGACUUGGAGAUAGAAUACAAGCACCAGCAGGGCCUUCAGAGGUCGCACGGCAUGCAGGAGAGCUUUGCGGGCGAUGCUUCAGACACAGAUGUUCCUGAUAUAAGGGAUGAAGAGACGUUUGGUGCAGAAGGCGUGGCUUCCAUCUUGGACUGGAAGCCCCAGGGGUCCCCUGGCGAAGGCAGUCUCAUCACUUCUUCAAGAAAGCCCAUCUCAGUCCUGUCACCACCGACAGACAUGGCGGAUAGUAACCAUAAAUCUUCCAGCUCACAGAAGGCUUACAAGAUUGUGCUUGCUGGGGAUGCUGCAGUGGGGAAGUCUAGUUUUCUCGUCAGACUUUGCAAGAAUGAAUUUCGAGGAAAUACAAGUGCCACCCUGGGAGUUGAUUUUCAAAUGAAAACUCUCAUUGUGGACGGAGAGCGCACGGUUCUGCAGCUCUGGGAUACAGCCGGUCAGGAGAGAUUCAGAAGUAUCGCCAAGUCUUACUUCAGAAGAGCAGACGGCGUCCUGCUGCUGUAUGAUGUGACCUGCGAGAAAUCUUUCCUCAACGUACGAGAGUGGGUGGAUAUGAUUGAGGAUGCAUCCCAGGAGAGCAUUCCUAUCAUGUUGGUAGGAAACAAGGCUGAUCUUCGUGACACUGCUGCAGCAGAGGGACAAAAGUGUGUCCCAGGAUACUUUGGAGAAAAGCUGGCCAUGAACUACGGGGCAUUAUUCUGUGAAACCAGUGCCAAAGAUGGCUCGAACGUGGUGGAAGCCGUUCUCCAUCUCGCUCGGGAAGUGAAAAAACGAACUGAUGAAGAUGACAGCAAAUCCAUUACCAAUCUGAGCGGGACCAGUUCCAAAAAGUCAACCCAGAUGAAGAACUGUUGCACUAGUUAAAUCCCAAACACCCUUGGCCUCUGAAGCCCCAGAGUGCUGACUUGCUGUGACCUGUUCGCGUUUUGCAGAGCUGUGCAUCCUACGGACGCUGCCGUGAGGAAAGUUACAGUGUGGGAGUCUCAGUUGUGCCCUUAGAUCCCUCUGGAGCCCUGGCUCUUUGCUGUGUUUCCAUGAAUGAUCUGGGCCUCCGGUUCAAUAUACUUGUCGUGUCCUUGCAGAGUCUCAAAAGAUCAUGUAUAAAAAGUGAUAAAAAAAAAAAAGUCGCCUGCUCAGAUCAAAGCUGUGGAAGAAGCUGACAUAAUUAGAGUCACAUGGUAGCUGCCUUUGUAGAUAAUCCAUGACACGUAUUUCAAAUAUUCGAUGCCAGAGUACUAGUAAAAGGGACUUACCAGCCUAGCUCUACUGCUAACUAGCCUGUGGCCUGAGACCUGUCAGCGACCCACUGUUAGAUCUGUUUCUUCAUCUGUAAAAUAAGCAGCUUAGCCUUGCGGGCCUUGACCUCUCGGACUCUGUGCACUGGAAGGAGCAGGAAGGAGCCGCUGCUGGCCUGCAGUUAAUAAGGACUCUCUCUGUUGGUUUUACUUUUUAAAUAUUGGGGAUACUGAUUUUUCUCAUUUCUGAAACAACAGAACUUAAUUGAGAAAAAAAAUGGUAAUGUGCUAGGCUCCGGUGGAGACAGAAAAAUCUAUUUUUUAUAUAUAUAUAAAGAAAAAACAUUUUAGUGACAAAAAGUUAGACAAAACCAGGGUACUGUAGUCUCAGAAUACUUACAAAGUCCAUGGUUUAGAUUCAAUGUUAAAAAUUCUGAUGAAAACUUAGGAGUCCACAUACUUACUAAAAGUGCAAUGCCCAGGAACAUUGUCACUCUUCACUUAAAAAUAUAUACUGGCAAGUCAUGGCCAUGGGUUGGGGACAGGCAGGAGCUGGGAGUGACUGCUAAUGGGUAUGUGGUUUCCUUGGGGGAUAAGAAUGUUCUGGAAUUACAUUGUGAUUA